UGACAAGUUCAAACGCUCAUAUUUCUCGCGCGCUUGAGGCGUGACGUCAUAGGGCACGUCCUGUCAGUUACCCGCGUUCCACUUCGUGUUAUAGCGAUCAAAACACACAAAAUAGGGGGCAUUUUUAUCGUUUUAGCUCAAAGUGGAACGCGGGGUUUAUUGUUGUUUUCAUUGAGAGGUUUGAUAAUUAACAAAGUGUUCUUAAAAUAUCGCGUAAUAAUGGAAGACGAAAAAAAACCAUUUUAUAGAUAUUGUAUGGUACCAAUGUGUCCGAACACCAUAAAAAGUACACCAAAUAAAGUAUUUUUUGCUGUUCCAAGAGAUGCAAACAUCCGUAAAAAAUGGUGUAAGGUUAUGCGAAGGGAUAAUGUAUCUCCAAUAUCGCGUCAACAUUGUUGUGAAGACCAUUUUAAUAUCGAGGAAGAUACAGUAAAUUAUAUAAAAUACAAGCUCAUGAAAGAACAAGGCGAAAAAGUUAAAUUACUAUUAAAUAAUCCUUUGUUGUUGUGCCUCAUAAAUUUCAAUGCCAAAAACGAAAUAUUCCAUCACCACAGGAGGGAAUGUAUGCUGUUAAGAAAAGAAGAUUAUCACUUAUAAAUAAAGCUCUCUCUGAACCUGAAGUCAACAGAGAAAAUGUUUUAGGAAGUGAAACUUCACAAACAAGUUAUUGUGAUGCCGGACCAAGUACUUCCUAUAGUGAAGGCUCUGAAAAUUAUCUAGUGAGGCCUAGUACCUCUCUUAUGGAUGUUUCUGUAUUAGAGCCCAGUACCUCCCAUGUUGAAGUCUCUACUAAUACAGAAAUCUUACUUAGUGACAAGUGUGUGCAAAUAAAUAUGAGAUCAAACUUCAGAAGUAAAGCCAUUCAAGUUAAUUUAACUACAAAAAAGACAAAUGUAGCUUUAUCUCCUUUUCCCCUUCCAUCACAAAAUAUUGGAACUUCACCAAUAAAACCUGUGAAAACUGUUGUAAAAAGAAAAUUAUUUGCAACUAAUUCUGAUAGUACAUCUAUUUCUUCUAUUUCUUCACAGAUAUCUCAUGAUUAUGAACCCUGUAGCUCAUUGGACUUAAGUUAUUGUGUGCAAGAUGAAUCAGAAGAUUCAGAUGAUGAAAAACAUUUUAAAAAUGUAAUGCGCAGUAGUAUUUUAAGUGCCAUAGAUAGAGAACCCAAAAUGUUACUAGGAUUACCUAAACAGUCAUACCAUAUAAUAAAACUUUUAAGUGAAAACAUUCCACUUUCAACUGUAGACAUAUUAAUAACACUUAAGAAAUUGAAGUUAAAUGAAUCAUUCAGCAUACUUGCUUUGCAUUUUGGCUACUCACAGAGCACUAUCAGUAGAAUAUUCAAUAAAAGUUUACCUCUUAUCGCAUCAAAAAUGAAAGACUUGAUUGUGUGGCCAACACCAACUGAGGUAUAUAAAAAUUUACCUAUAUCAUUCAGAGCUAGGUAUUCAAAUGUUAUUUCUAUUAUUGAUUGCUUUGAAAUCCAAAUUGAAAAACCUUCUGAUGCAGUCCAGCAAUCACUUACUUGGUCACAGUACAAAAAAUGUAAUACAUUGAAGUAUUUAAUUUCAUGUACACCAGAUGGGUUGAUUAAUUUUAUAUCUGAUGGAUAUGGUGGAAGAGCUACAGAUGUCACAAUAGUGCAAGACUGUGGUUACUUGGACUGUUUACCUCCAAAAAAAGCAGUGAUGGCUGACAGAGGGUUCAAAGACUUGUCACAUUUACUGGAAGCUAGGGACUGUACCCUCAUCCGGCCACCUUCUGUUUCACAAUCUAAACCUAGCACCAAAGAUGAAGUAAAGCAGUCAAAGCGAAUAGCAGCUUUGAGAAUUCAUGUUGAACGAGUAAUAAAUAGAUUAAGAGAGUUUCAUAUGUUGCUGCCUCAUGCUUGUGUAGACCAUAAUUUAAUACCUGUCAUUGAUGAUGCAAUAACAUUAGCAUGUGGUUUGGUAAAUAUUCAGGAUGUUUUAAUAAAAAAAUGAAUUA